AUGCCCGCAGGGAUGUCCGACGCCGCUGGAAAGACACUCGCCGACUUCAAGGCGCCGUACCCGGAGCCGACGUCGCAGCAGCGCCGAUACGUGAUCUUCCUCGACCCCAAGGGCGACAGCAAGGAGCUGAACGACUACAAGGUGGAGCUGAUCCCUGGCCGUGUCGAAAAGGUGGAUGGCACCAAUGUAUACCGCAUGGGCGGCAACAUCGAGGAGAGGACUAUCGAUGGCUGGGGCUACCCCUACUACAUCGUGACACUGACGACGAUGUCGGGGACGCUGAUGAUGCCCCUCGGCGAUGCAGCGCUCAAGAGGCCGCGUUUUGUGGCGAUGAACACGAAAAACCUCUACCGCUACAACAGCCGGCUGCCCAUCGUGGUGUACAUGCCGAAGGACGGUGAGCUGCGCUACCGCAUCUGGACCGUCAAGAGCACAGGCAGCGGCACGGCCAAGAGCACCAAGGCAAGGGAGAUGUGA